AUGCAGUCUUUCCUGGGAGUCAUUGCUGGCACGACAAGCUUGCUGUUGUGUCAAAAGACGCAGAGAUGGCGAGAGAUGCGCGAGCUCGUUGAAAGGCUAGCGGACACCAGAACAAAACUGCAAGCUGCAGAGAAGCGUCUCACAUUGACGGCGACCACUUUAGGUGACCACAAGAAGAGAGUCCUCCACGCCACGACUAAGACACAAGAAAUGAUAGACUACUGCGAGGCGCCUGACGCAGAGCCAGAAGACAGGAAGAACAUACCUGUGCUACAGACUCGCUUGCAAUGUCUUCAUCUGACCAGCGAUACCGUCGAUACAACCAUCGGAACGUCUCGCAAGGCCAGAGAUGACUUGCUGAAGGAAGUCGAUGAUCUAGUUGAUCAAAUCAUACAGCAAGCGCAUCAUGGACCUUGGCAAAAAUGUACCAGCGCGAAACUUGAAACAUCAAGCCUAUUCACGGAAAAAAUGCUCACUUCUGAACAGCUUGACCUUAUCGAACAGGAAUGUGCUGGCUUAGAAGAGAUGCUAACGGAAGAACCAGAACAUGAUGAGAACAUCACAGCAGUGGCGGAUGUGGGUUGGUACGAUCAGACUACCAACCUGAUGGAAGAUUUCUCAACCCUGAAAAUCCAGAAGACAGACCUAGAGAAGUCGCCCGAUACAGCGGCGAAGAGAACCGAGGUCGACAGUCUGACAGAGCAAAUCCUCCUGCUGGGUGAAGAACUGACACUCCGUGGGGUGCCAAUUCGCAAUGGGAGCGUUAUCUGGGCAGAUGAUCCUCUGGAUAUAGCUGUGGAUGAGGAUUCCGACUAUGCACCUGCUGAGAAAUCAACGCACUUAGACCAGAAAAAUGUGCAGACAGAACAAAUAUCAGUACAAGCAGUUGUGGGAACUGCAAGCCAGAAUGUCUUCGACUGGACGCACUUUCAAGCACCGGAGCAAAGAGACUAUGGUUACGACAGAAACAUAGAAUAUGCCACUCAGGAAGAGCUAGUGAGACAUCAACAACAGGCUGACCUUGAAUACCAGGACUUCGUCGACAAGGUUAACAAGCGUGUUUUGUCUUGGCUCGAGGAGCUUGUGUCAGAUUCGCAAGCUGAUAUGAGUGGCGCCGAGAGCGAAGAGUACAAUCUUGCGGCUGGUCUGCAAGCAUUGUGUGACAUAGGGGUCGGGGAAUGCUUCGAUGUGGAAGGUGAGACCUCGGAGAAGAUAAGCCAGAACAAAGCAGACUUGAGGCGUCUACAGGUCGAGACCAUCUUACGACGAGGCCGGCGAGAAUUCUGCUGGGGCGUACAGGCGGAAUUGAAGAGAAAUCGAAGUGCUGCGAUUCCAGACCACUGGAGCGAGUAUCUCGAGAACAAACAUGAUGUAUGA